AUUGUAUAAUUAUUUAACAUUCACAGAGCUGUACUUCUAUUUGUACAUUGAAAUGCAGCAACAAAAUACUUAGAUAUUAAAUGUGCAAUAUUUUCUAUUAUUGUAUCACUUUUGUUUUUAUCUUAUGUUAUGUUAUUUGUUUUAUUGAAUGUAAAGGACUAUUACAAAUAGAAAUGCCAGUGUUUGUCAUAAAUUCAGUAUCUGUCACAUCUUGUUUGCUUACAUAAUAAUUUGAAUGACCCUGAAGCAGAAGGUCGUACGCCCCAUUUCACCACCUGAUGGUGCAUGGAAAUUGGAGGCCAAGCUCUGUUCACAUUAGCAAUGAGGUGAAGAGUUUGGUUUUACAUUAUUUCUUUAGGCUUUCCUGAAGCAGUAAAAUUUUAUGUCAACAUUCAGAAUGGGCUGCAGAGUGAAUAGUUACGUCCCGUGUGGAGUUUAUAUGUUCUUACCAUGUAAGUGUGUUUCAGGUCAGGUGAACUUAAUGUUUAAUGUUUGUGAAUUGUGGUUGUAGUCGUGGUCAAGACACAAAAGAUCUUUGUCAGGAAAGAGCGCAGCUUCUUACAUAUUAAGCACGAUGCAAGCAAAAGACUUAUUUCUAAAAAUAAAAUUUGCCACGUCUUUUAUCAUCCAAAAAUCAUCGAAGAUAAUGACGGCCAUUUUACUAAGUGUAGUCCUUAAAUCAUCAUAUAAUGAGCAGUCAUUUCAAGAUAUUAUGUUUUAGUAUUUUAAUAUUACUUUACCCUUCUACUUCAACAUAUUUUGGAGGAAAAUAUUUCUCUACUUUACCUGACAAAUAUAGUCACUACUUACUUUGAAGAUUCAGAUUUUACGUACAAAACAUGAUCAGUUUAAUGAAUAUGAAUCAUAAUUAAAGAUAAAACUGCAUAAUAGUUAAUAGCAGCUUCACUUCAAACAAAUACAAGAUGAAAAUGCUGCUUACACAAUAACCCGUGGAUAAUAAUGACCAUCGUCAUCCAUCCCUCAUGUUCAGAAUGAAGGUUUCUACCAAACAUCAACAGACGAUUUUUCCUCGUACAUAAGAAACAACUUCACAAAUGUUAAAAAAUAUAAAUAAUAUAAUAUUUAUAAUAUAAAUAUAUAAAUAAAUUGUAUGGUUGACUGUCCUUCUGCCUCUUGACACGUGCAUGCUGGGAAGGCCUCCACCCCCCCCAAGACCCUGACAAGAAUAAGCAGAUUUUAAAAUUUGAUUCUAAUAAACUUCUUUUUAUCGGCCAAUCACGCUGUUUACUAAUACCUGGUGGCUGGUAAUGUUUUGAAUGACCAAAUUAAAGGUCACACGCUUAAUUUCACCAUCUUGAUUUGUAUGUUCCCACAUCCUGUUUCUUAAAGUCAGGAGCAAAUGAACGCAUUGGUUUGCAUAAUUACUUUAGAGGAGGCGGAGAAACUGAAUAAAAGUAAAUGACCACAUCUUAAAGGUCUGACAUGCGUCCGUACAUUCUGUGAGAGCAAAAGUUGGAACUUUCCAAGGUAAGCCUUUUGUGCUUUGAUUUAUAUUUGCUAUAUUCUUCUUUUUCUUUUGCUUCUUCUUUUUCUAUAAUAUCUGCCUCAAAGUUAUCACAUGAAAAGUAUUUGAUAGGUUUCCCUUGCAAUGACAAAACUAAAACAUUUGUAAGAACAUUUUUUAAAAUGUAAAGUAAAGUAGUAAAGUUGGAUUUCACCUUUUAUGCCGGUGACCUUUAAAAUGAUAGUUGGGGUUAUUUGAUGUGGGGUUGUGUGAGGUGUUAAUACAUUGACGGUGUGUUACCUGCAGUGGAUUCAGAUCGGCUCCUCCCAGUUUACGGAAGCGGUGAGGAGCACUGGCACAGAAGUUGGGUGUUGUGCUGCUGUCGACGGGGCCAUCCAGUUGAAGUGUACAUUAUGUUUUGAAUAUUUUCACCGCUUUAUCUUAUCGUCAAACAGCCCUUUCCUAACUAGAACUACAGUUUGUGAACCGUUGAACUACCGAAUUACCACGCACAAGUGCAACAAUGGCGUGGGUUGUAUUACAGAUUAGCUGUUUGAGUCAGACGGAGCUAAGCACAGGUGUGCUUGUGCGUAGGAAUAUGGUAGUUCAACGGUUGAAAAAAACAAGGGAAAGGGCUGUUUGACAGUAAGAUGAAUUGUAAUAUUCAAAAUAAAUUGCAUACUUUUGUGAGGCUAAAACGCGUUUUGGCUGAUGGCCCCGUCCACAGCAGCACAUCACGCAGCCUCUGUGCUGGUGCUCCUGCUGCGACUCUAAAUAUGGGCGAGGCUGUUCUGAAUGACUAUAGAUAAGCCACAAACCAUCACGUCAAACAACCUGAGCUAUCACCUUUAAGCCGUCAUAACUAGAUUCCACUUGUUUUUUUUCAAAUUUGAUUCAACACUAGUAAAAGCUCAUACAUCAAGUCACCCCUAUCCCUAAGAUUUUUUUUUUUUUUUUUACUUUUAAGCAAAAACAAAUUUCAAUUGAAGAGAAAUGAAUGUGUUCUGACUCUCUCUAUUUUUCAGGAUGAAAACAACACUAUUGUUUAUCCUCACCCUUGCAGGACUGUCUGCGGGUUCUGCAAGAAUCCUCAAAGAGUACGUCUAUGUGAAUAUGCCAAAGACCUGGGCUGAAGCUCAGAGUUACUGCAGAGAGAUGUUCAAUGACCUGGCCACCGUAACAAACCGAGACUUCAACAGCAAGCUGAUGAGUGUAAUCCAGGGCCAUGGUCCUUUUGUAUGGAUAGGGCUUCAUGAUGAAAGGACCAAAUGGGAGUGGUCGCUCAAUAACAGAGUCUUCAACACAAAGACAGAUUUCAACAGCUGGAAACUAGAUGAGCCAAACAACUGGAAGCUCAGGAAGCAGUGCACUGUGAUUACAAAAAAUGGCUAUUGGCUUGACAUUUCAUGUAUGGAACUACUUCCUGCAGUCUGCUUGAAAGAACAAGGUCCAUCGAGUUACACUGCGGUGAAAAUUAGGAUGACAUGGGCGCAGGCUCGGCAUUACUGUAAAACCAAACACAUAGACCUUGCCACUGUGAGGAGCUUGAGUAUGAAUACAAAGAUAUCCUCAAUGCUGGAAAUGAAGCACUGGAUCGGUCUUCACAGAAAAUCGUGGGCUUACUGGUCUGACUCCAGGCCCACCAACUUCACAAACUGGCACACGGGCCGGCCUGACAGUGAUGGGAGUUGUGCUGCAGUCAACGCAACCACAGGAACGUGGUGGAAUGAUAACUGCAGGGCAACGCACUCUUUUAUCUGCCAAAAACUGUCUCAAGUACCAGACAGCUUUUCAAUUCACCACAAGGUUAAAUUCCAGUCUGCGGCUGACCUGAAAGAUCCGGCUCUUCAGCAGCAGAUUUUAGAGCAGCUGCAUGCUAAACUGGUGAAACAUGGAUUAACAGCAUUUAAACUCCACUGGACUCACACUGGAACACCGGCACGAGAGAGCAACAAAGAGGAAGGUUCAGGUGCCUGAGCGGACUGUUGUGCAGAGGACGUCGUGGUCAAGGUGUAACUGCUAAUGUAUCACAAUGUUUUGCCUGUGUUUUCAGCUUGAGUGUCAAUACACAUUUUAUACCACCAGUGGUAGUGUGUGAUAUAAUUUUUCUUCAUCACUUGCAACUCAACAACAAAAACAAAAAGUUGCACAAACUUAGAUUUUUAUAUUACUGAAAAUGUUUAUUCACAGGAUUUUUUACGUGCGGUUGCAUUAAAAAAUGUGAAAAUACAGACUUCAGAGCAUGUAGUGAGGUUUGAAAGUUCAAGAUAUAAACAUGUUUAUUAUUACAUGUUUAAUAUUUAAAUAUUUUAUGCGUGCUUGCUGAUGAGUCCUUUGAAAUGUGUUUUUUUCACAGACUUUCAAUGCUUGAUGUUUAGCAGCAUUUUUCUGGCUUUGAAAUUUGUGAUCCUGUUAAUGAUCACCAUCAUAGUUAAUUGAUUAAUUGAUUCUUAGCAAUAAAUGUCUUAAAUGUG